AUUUUGUGUUUACAGAUCAACUUGCGGCUUAUCUUGGUGAGUGGAAAAACAAAAGAGUUUUUGUUUUUACCUAAUGAUUCAGCUGCAGACAUUGCCAAACAUGUGUAUGACAACUGGCCAAUGGACUGGGAAGAGGAGCAGGUCAGCAGCCCAAAUAUUUUACGGCUUAUCUACCAGGGCCGGUUUCUGCAUGGCAAUGUGACACUAGGAGCAUUAAAGCUUCCCCUUGGCAAAACCACAGUGAUGCAUUUAGUAGCCAGAGAGACAUUACCAGAGCCAAAUUCCCAAGGUCAAAGGAACCGUGAAAAAACAGGAGAAAGCAACUGCUGUGUGAUUCUGUAAAAACAUCCAGUUGUUUUACCUACCCACGAUAUCAUAUAGUUCUUGUCUAUCUCAUGCUGGUGGAAUAUUCACACGUAAACCUUGCUUCGCAGAGCUGAAAAAGAAAACAGUUAACCCAAAACUGGAUCAUUACUUGGUGCCCAUAUUAUGUUUUCUGUUUCUUGUCUAAAUUGUUCUUUUAAGCUCUGUUUACGCCUAUAGAAUCCAUAAUAUUAUGUAUGUUUGUAAUACAGAUUUUGUUUUUCUGUAAUGGUAAUAUUUUGCACAUGACAAGAUAGUUUGGCAUAAUGCAGGCUGUACGAAUUCUGGUUAUAGAAGUAGUUUGUACCUCAUCACACAUUUCUGAAAGACAACAUUUUCAUGAAUCUAGCAGAGCUUGAUUCGCACUAAUCUUGGACUACCU